UACUGAUUUUUCUCACUGGUUAUAGAAUUGAAUUGAGUUCUUCACCUUCGUAUUUGCUCCUGUAAUAUUUUGAAGAGUUGGGCACUCCACUUUUUCUAUAAUUGUAUUGUGUUACUGGAGGUUAAGAGUAUUUUAGAUGAUCUGAUGCUGGUUAUUGUCUAGGAAGGCUUUGAAUAUUCUCUAGUUUCGACCAGUUGAACGAGUGGGGUCCUUUGUCUUUAGAAGUUCUAUUAAAAAAUUGUUAUUGCAAGAUUGGGAUAGCACAUAGAAGUGCAAUAUAUUGUCCCUCUGAAUCAGCCCCGAGAUUUUUUGGUCAAGUUUAGGACUAUGGCCAGUGAUCUAAGUUCUUCAUCUGGGGGAAAUACUGUAUCAACUUGGACAGCCAAGCAAAAUAAACAGUUUGAGAAGGCCAUAGCCUUCUAUGACAAAGACACUCCUGACCGUUGGCAAAAGGUAGCUGCGAUGGUUGAUGGAAAAUCUCCAGCGGAAGUAGAAAGGCAUUAUGAGAUUCUAAUAGAUGACUUGAAUCGUAUUGAAUCAGGCCAAGUGCAUUUCCCCAAGUACAAAUCUUCUGGUUGAUACUUCUCCUAACAAAGGAGACGAGGAAAAUAGGCAAUAUAUGAUAUGAAGCGACAAUGAAGCUCCUGAAUUAAAGUUUAACUAUUAUUACUCCUGAUAAUAGUAUCUACAAGGAGA